CAUCUUUACAGGAUUCGCCUCUGGCAGUUUUUAAAAAGGCAAACUCAAAGCCACAUAUUAUACUGUAUGUGCAGAAACCGUGCGGGGAGGGCAGCCUACAGAGAUUGGUUCUUCUACAAGACAGAGAGAAUCCCUGCUGUUUUUCUUCUUCAUUUGGAGACAAUUGAUGUAAAAGGACAUUUGAAAGCCCAAAAGUAGAAGACUCGGGCUGUUUCGCGGUCGACAAUCUAAACUCGAAUAUACUUGGACUUUAACACAAUAAAUACAACUCAGCCACUUCGCGCGAGUGAAGAGUGGAACCUAAGCAUCCGAUACAGUGGUUAAGGGACUUUUACGCACUUACGCACGCAGGCAGUGGGCACCUGUGGAUGGUGACUCUUUCAAGGACUUUUGCUCCAAAACCCCGAUGAUCAAAAGCAAAGCGUUCCAUGCAAUACAAAUAGUAGUUGAUUAUAGUUGUUUUAUGUUUGUAAUCAUUUUAAUUUGAAACAAUAUGCUGGUUAGUUUUUCACUCCUGGCAACGCUUCUCUUAAGCGAGUCGGGUUGUUUGGGCUCGUUCGUACCGUGCGAACCGUGUGACCAGAAGGUUCUGUCGAUGUGUCCGCCAGUACCGGUGGGAUGCCAGCUGGUGAAGGAGCCUGGCUGUGGUUGCUGCCUGACUUGCGCACUCCCCGAGGGCCAGUCGUGCGGCGUGUACACGGGAACUUGCACGCAGGGGCUCCGGUGCCUGCCGAAGAGCGGGGAGGAGAAACCGCUGCACGCGCUCCUCCACGGGAGAGGAGUGUGCGCCAACGAGAAUAUGUACAAGCCGCUGCAUCCAGGCAGGGGUAAAUAUGACUCUUCAUUAAUAUGCAUUGAUUUAUAAUAUAUUCAAAUGUUUAUUUAUUUAACAUUUACAAUAUGUGGACUACAUCGGCAGAUUAUCCAAUUUGUUAGACAUGGAUACACACACACACACACACACAUACACACACACACACACACACACACACACACACACACACACACACACACACACACACACACACACACACACACACACAUAUAAAAACACCACACCCUGUAAUGUAUUCCAAAUCCACCAUGUAUUGCUAAGAUUUUUUGAUUGAUAACACACAGCUGAGAGCUGAAAAUCAGGGUUUUUCAAGGGCAUCUUCUUGGCAUGAGUGACGAAGUGCCUUGGGCAACAUGAGUACAUGAAACCUGAAGAAGAUUCCAAACAUUUUAGAGCCUCAGCUCUUUAGAGGGCCAUUUGAGGGACAGUCACUGUGUCUGACACAUUAAAACUUAGUCAGAGGGUUUCUCAAGUGUCACGUUCUUUCACAGCAGUUUUCCCCUAAGCCCUAGUUUUAAUUUUCUCUCCUGAAAUUUGUUGAAGAGAGAGGGAUCAGCGCUUUUCCCUCCUCCCCCUCAACCUUCCCCCUCUCCAUUUCCAUGUCUCCCCCCCUUCCCCCCUUCCCUCAGCCUCCCCUGCAGUAAGUCAUCUCUUCAUCUAUCUCUGGCUAGAUUUCUUCCUCCCACUCUUUCUCACCUCUUUCUCCUGCUCUCCUUCACCAAUAUCCUUUCUCUAUCUCUCUCUCCUCUAAAUCCCCCCUCCUUCUUUCCUUCCUUUCCCCUCUCCCUCUUUCCAUCUCUCCCUCCGUCAUCAUCUUUAAGCUGUGCAGUGAUUCAGCAGAAUGUUAGCCGAGCGCGUCUCUCUGACUGCCAGCCUGCUGCUGGAUAAGAUUUACCACCUCUUCUCAUUUCCUGCAGCGUGUGAGAAUUAAGAGAGGACAGAGGGCAAGAGGGACGAGAGAGAGGGAGAGAGAGAGAGAUAAAGACAGAGUGAGACAGAGAGCGAGUGAGAGAAAGAGAGAGAGAGAAAGAGAGAGAGAUAAAGAGAGAGAGAGAGGGAGGUAGAGAGAUAAAGACUGAGAGAGAGAGGAAGUGGAUAAGGAGUCUUUUCGUUACAACUAAAUCUGUGGGAUUUCGAGAGCAUCAAAUUCGCCCAGAUCAGGAAAUGCAUCACAACCCUCUGAAUCCCUCAGUCAGCACUGGCAAGAUUAGAGAGGGACAGAUUAGGAAGUGAGGACUUGAUUGGGUUUUAUACGCCGGCUGGGCUAUGCUGCCUACGCUCCAGCUUCGGGGGAGAAAUUGUGUCAGCGGAACCGGAGGACCGAGGAGGGAAUUCUAUUUUCUGAGAAUAAUCUAGGAAGGAUGACGGGAGCGAUGAUGUCACAAGAGAUAUUCUCAUCUCCAGUGACCUACCACUCUAUCGCCUGCUUAGUGAGGUAUAGUUUCGUUUAUUAGGAUCCCCAUUAGCUACUGCACUUGCAGCAGCUACUCUUCCUGGGGUCCACAUGAAACAUAUAAAAUACAUGACAAAGUACAGAACAGUAAUAGACAAGAACAACAGAAGAUAUUACAUUACAUUCAAAAUAAAAUAAAAUACAAAAAAUAAGAGUUAUAUAUAGGAAAGACACCAAGAGACAACAAACAAUACUAUUUACACACUAUUCAUAUAUACAUAUUGUUAUAUACAGUACAGUUAAAUUAGAUCUUUAGAGGGGUGUGUGUGUGUGUUUGUGUGUAUGUGUGUGUGUGUGUGUGUGGGGGGGGGCUGUGAACUGUGUGACACUGGAUAGAUAGAUAGCAGUUACACUAUACACUGAGUACACCAAACAUUAAGAACACCUUCCUAAUAUUUAGUGGAACCAGAAAAGCCUCAAUUCGUCAGGGCAUGGACUCUACAAGGUAUUGAAAGCGUUCCACAGGGAUGCUGGACCAUAUUGACUCCAAUGCUUCCCACAGUCGUGUCAAGUUGUCUAGAAGUCCUUUGGGUGGUGGAACAUUCUUGAUACACACGGGAAACUGUUGAACGUGAAAAACCCUGCAGCAUAGCAGUUUUUGACACAAACCGGUUCGCCUCGCACCUACUACCAUACCCUGUUCAAAGGCACUUAAAUGUUUUGUCUUGCCCAUUCACCCUCUGAAUGGCACACAUACAAAAUCCAUGUCUCAAUUGUCUCAAGGCUUAAAAAUCCUUGUUUAACCUGUCUCCUCCCCUUCAUCUACACUGAUUGAAGUGGAUUUAACAAGUGACAUCCAUAAGGGAUCAUAGCUUUCACCUGGAUUCACCUGGUCAGUCUAGGUCAUGGAAAGAACACCUGCUUGUGUUCUUAAUGUUUUGUAUACUCAGUGUAUGGAAACACACAGAUCUAGGAUCAGCUUACCAUCCCCAGAUCCUAACAUUAAUAUUGUGAGUUCAGUGAGAUCAGUGAUUUGAGGCAACUUCAGCUAUUCCCUGACACUUUGGCUCAGUAAUGCUCUGGUACUGUUUUUUCAUGUUCCCAGAUUGAGAGAUACUGUAUCUUGGCCAGUAACUGCAAGAAAUCAUCUUGUUGUAAUGAAACAUUCCUUAUGCUUAUAGAUAUGCCCCUGCUGCAUAUGGUCUCUCUUUAGUCAGUGUUAAUAUCUUUAUGACAGGUGAAGUGGGUUGCUGAAAUAUUCAUGUAGAGAUGUGGACAUUUGGAUUUGGCAAGACAGAGAUUCCUGCCAGUUUUAUAGGAGCUGUUCGCAUUUGUCAUUCACAUCUAAGGGGUAGAGAGAGAGAGGAGAAAGGGAGAUAGGGGAGGAGAAUGAGAGAGCGAGAGGAGGAGGAGUGGAUGCAGGGAAGGAGGAAGGAUAAAGAGAGAAAGAGAGAGAGAGAGAGAGAGGUGUAGAAUGCUGUAUGUUCAUUGGAUGACCCAGUUUAAAACUCAUGACUUCAAUUGCAUGUGCCAAGUAUUGACUUGAGAUUGCAUGUGCCAAGUAUUGACUUGAGAUUGCAUGUGCCAAGUAUUGACUUGAGAUUGCAUGUGCCAAGCAUUGACUUGAGAUUGCAUGUGCCAAGCAUUGACUUGAGAUUGCAUGUGCCAAGCAUUGACUUGAGAGGACCGUUGCAUUGACAUGAUAGACCACACCACUCUCUUGGCCCUAAUCCAGCUAUGUCACAGUUUACAUUCUGCUCCCUUUUAGCCCCAGCUACAAGCCAGGGACACUGCAAAAGGAAAUCUCCACCUCGCAUGCAAUAACUCCACUGUACAAAUCUUGUAUACAUAUUAACUGAUUUAUGGCAUUUAUGGCAUUCAUCACUCCAUAUAUUAUAUGGAGUCAAUUCAAUGCCAUAAAUUAGUAAAUAUGUACACAAGAUUUGUAGUUGUCCAGUUUAAAAUGAGAGAGAGAGCGGUAGUGUUGGAGGAGAGGCAGGAGAGAGCGAGAUAGAGGGUGGGGGCAGUGGUAUAAAAUACUUAAGUAAAAAUACUUUAAAGUACUACUUAAGUAGUUUUUUGGGGUAUCUGUACUUUACUAUUUAUAUAUUUUUGACAACUUAUACUUUUACUUCGCUACGUUCCUAAAGAAAAUCAUGUACUUUUUACUCAAUACAUUUUCCCUGACACCCAAAAGUACUCUUCAUCUAAUAUUUAGAAUGCUUAGCAGGACUGGAAAAUGGUUCAAUUCACGCACUUCUCAAGAGAACAUCCCUGUCAUUCCUCCUGCCUCUGACCUGGCGGACUCACUAAACACACAUGCUUCGUUUGCGAAUGAUGUCUGCGUGUUGGAGUGUGCUCCUGGCUAUCCGUAAAUUAUAAAAACAAGAAAAUGGUGUCGUCUGGUUUGCUUAAUAUAAGGAAUUUUAAACGAUUUAUACUCUUACUUUUGAUACAUAAGUAUAUUUUAGCAAUUACAUUUACUUUUAAUACUUAAGCAUAUUUAAAACCAAAUCAUUUUAGACUUUUACUCAAGUAGUAUUUUACUGGGUGACUUUCACUUUUACUUGAGUACUCAAGUAUGACAAUUGGGUACUUUUUCCACCACUGGGUGGGGGAAAGAGAGAAAAGGAUUAGAAGGAGAAAUGCUUGUAAAUGGACCGUGGCGAACAACUCCCUCAACCACUGGCUGACCAUGUGAGAAGUAGGCCAAUAUUGUAUGAGUCAGCUGGAGAGCUGUGAAAUGACUCUGGGCUGGAUUUCUUGAUUGGGAAAACCGCAAGGUGUCCCUCUAGUGUUAGGAAAGGCUCUGAGUCUAAACCUGCUUCCUCUAUUCAUCUCUUUUCCUUCAUCUGCACCGAUGUGAAAGACCUUGACAGUGUCCCACUCUUCCUACAUCCUCCUCCUCCUCCUCCUCUUCCUCAUCUGUCUCUCUCACUCUCUGACUGUGAGUCUCAGGUGGAGCUCAUGCAUCAUCCUCCUUCUCUUCCUCUUCCUCGCCACCACCGCAACCACCAUCAUCAUCCUCUCUGUCUCUCUGUCUCCCCAGACGGUUAUUCUCCAGAGGAAGCUAUGUUAGCAGAGGUUCCAGAGUCCCUGCUGCCCCAGGCCAAGGUGCCUCUGUACGGGGGCAGAGACCACAUCAGCAGCCGCAAGGCUCAGGCCAUGAGACAGGCUAAAGACCGCAAGAGACAGCAGGCCAAGCUCCACUUUGUCAGAGGCCUCGACCACUCAACACAUGCCCUGGACAAACUGCAGCCUGAGUUUGUAAGUUCAACAUAUAUUCAGUGUAUACGCAGACAUACAUGCAGACACACACACACGCAGGCAAACACACACGCAGACAUACGCGCACACACACACGCCAUACUUGCCCUAAACUAUGACCCUGUAUGUGUGUGUAGGGAUCCUGCAGGAGAAAGCUGGACGGGAUCAUUCAGAGGAUGAAAAACACAUCUAGAGUCCUGGCUCUCUCCUUAUACCUCCCCAACUGUGACAAGAAGGGAUUCUUCAAGCACAAGCAGGUACCCAUGGACUAUUCUAUCCUACACUAUUCUAUCGUAUUCUAUUCUAUCGUAUUCUAUUCAUUCUAUCCUAUUCUAUCCUAUUCUAUCCUAUUCUAUCCUAUUCCAUUCUAUCCUAUCCUAUCCUAUUCUAUUCUAUCAUAUUCUAUACAUUCUAUCCUAUUCUAUCCUAUUCCAUUCUAUCUUAUACUAUUAUAUCCAAUACUAUUCUAUCCUAUUCCAUUCUAUUCUAUCCUAUUCUAUUCUAUUCUAUCCUAUCCUAUCCUAUCCUAUCCUAUCCUAUUUAAUUUCAUUGUAUUCCUAUCCUAUUCUAUUGUAUUCUAUCCUAUCCUAUCCUAUCCUAUCCUAUCCUAUCCUAUCCUAUCCUAUCCGAUCCUAUCCUAUCCUAUUCUAUCCUAUUCUAUCCUAUUAUAUGCUAUUAAGUUCUAUUUGAUUCUAUCCUAUUCUAUUUAAUUUCAUUGUAUUCCAUCUUAUUCCCUUCCUCUCCUCCUGCAGUGUAAGCCAUCACGUGGGCGGAAGCGGGGGAUCUGUUGGUGUGUGGACCGCUUCGGAGUGCAGCUCCCCGGAACUGACUACAGUGGAGGGGACAUCCAGUGCAAAGACCCGGAGAGCAACAGCAACAAAAACCAAUGAGAGAUGGCCAAUGUGGUCACCUGUCAUGAGCCAAGGCCCGCCUCCCUUCACCCCUCCUCCUGCCAAUCACGUGUACAUGCAAAAUAUGCAAAAGCCAAUCAAAUCAGGAAAGCAGGGCACAGAUACAGUACAUACACGCAGUUUUAAAACUAUACAUCCACCUAUACUGAGAUUACCUAUAACCUCCCUUUAAAGCACAUAUAACAAUGUUCUCUGACUUAAAUUGUGUUGAUAAUAGAUUGAUACAACAGAAGCCACAGUCAGAGGUCCAAAUUAUAUUAGAUUCUGUUUAAACAAAGUUUUAAGGCUAAAGAGUAAAGCUUUUUUUUUCUUCACCUAUCUUAUUAUUGUGAUGUUGACAGGAACUCUUUACUGAGGAGCACAGUGAUCUGGGGUCGUAUUUAAACGUAACUCUGUUCUCUUCAUCCAAAUGUUUGUCCCAUCAGAGCACUUCCCUACAAGAGAACCUCAGUGACUUAAAGUACUUCACUGUCUGAGUUUGGGCCUAUGUCCUUAUAUAUCCUUCUGAGUGCAAUGAGAUGAGAAUAGCUUUUUUUUCAGUCCGGCCCUUCUUCCACUUUGUCUCACAGAUUGUUCUGAGUUGAGGGUCUUAAGAACUAUUAACUGCUCAUAUAAAAUGUACAAUAGGUUGUUACAGAGUAGUUACAGUAGCUAUCUUAAUAAGCACAUCAACUGCUACUUCUGAUGGGUUUUAUCUCAGUAUAUUUUCAUAGGGGUGACUGUAUAAA